GAUCACUGUGGCCAUCCUCGUCUCCCAUGGACGACUCGAUCGACUCCCGUUCAGAUACAACUUCAGGCCCGUCUGCCAUGUCUCUUGCGCUCCCCUGGGAGGUCAUCGAGAGGAUCGUCGAUCAUUCAUUCGGCUUUACGGCCACGCUGUGCAACUUCACUCUCACUUGCCGCCAGCUCUAUCCCCGUAGCAUGCACAAUCUCUACGGCCAUGUCAUCCUCGAAAGUAGGGACAAGCUCUUCGCUCUCUGCAACGUCCUUCAAGCCAAGCCCAAACUGCAAAUCCUCGUUCGAGCCGUUGCGGUGCCCCUGGAAGAGUUCUCUCCCGUCCCGCUGUUGUCCAUCCUACCUCGUCUCUAUCGAGUCACGUUCCCUGACGGCAACAGGUACCACGAUCUGAGUUCCGACGUUGCAAUUCACAACUCCACUCUCCUGUUCUGUCAUCUGUAUGGCAGCGGUAUCAGGAGCCUGACUAUCGAGUUCGUGCGGUUCUCAACGUGCAGCGCGUUUCUCCGGUUGCUCUCGGCAUUCGUCAGCAUCGAAGACCUGACAUGCCGCAAUAUAGCUGUCGGCCUAGGGAUCGACGCUGACUCACAACUGGUCCGGGUGCAGCACCGCUUGUCCCGGCAGCUGCGCCUGAGGGCACUGACAGUGAGGCGGACUAUGGUCCUCUCUGCACUGGCUGCAGUCUUCCUUACGCGUCGUGGAUUCAUUUCCCACAGAUUGGCGGGCGCACGGAUUGGCGGGUGGCUGGCGCCUUGUUCACAAUAGCUCAGCCGACCGUCAUCAGCCUACAUUUGUGUCUUAGACUCGAGCUUGAGGACGAUGGUCAAGAGCUGCUGUUCAUACCGCCUCAGCUUUCGGACUGGCCCCGUCUUCACUCCGUAACACUGCAGAUCUACGUCGAAGCUGAGGCGCUUCGAGGUGCAGCUCAGAUUUUGCGUUCUUUCCGGUCGACAGCGGUUAGAGAAAUCACGGUGGACUUGGGCUUCCGCCGCGACGUCGGGUCAUUGUAUCGGCAAUGUCGUCAGCCCACGAAUAUGGAGCUGUUGGCCGAACUGGAGAGAACCAUCCUCAAGUACCCUGCAUAUAAGGUGUCGUUGUCAGCUGUUGGGACUUGCACCCUACACGCCCGGAAGCAUAUCUCUUGGAGGGAAGAACUCGGACACUGUUUUCCUGCAUUGCGCCAACAUGGCCUACCGACGAUGCGAUUCGAUUCCUCGAGCAGACCCGGCCACGAUGCUGUUGUCACCGCCCUAGUCGCUUCCAAGGAUGGUCAAUGGGUCGCGACUGCGUCUCACGAUUCCACCAUCAUACUCUGGGACGGCCACUUUGCACAUAUCUCCCGGGAAUGGAUCGCGCAUGACGGUCACGUCAAUGAUCUCGCGUUCUCACCGGAUAGUCGGUACGUGGCGUCUGCCGGUGCGGAUGGAAAGGUUGGAAUCUGGCACGUUACCGGGCAACCACGUCGAGUCACCACGCUGGAAGGACAUCCUCAGGCGCCUUCGGUCAUCACGUGCGCGUGGUCUCCUAACGGCGCUACCAUCGCAUCCCGAUACUACGACGGCGUUGUCUGCAUUUUCGACGGUCGUUCAUUCGAACAGCUCCUCCUCCUCGACCAAUUGCGCAACGACUCUCCUCUCGGCCGACGGCUGAGAUACUCUCCUGACAGUCGUUGGCUCCUGGUGGACGGUAACGAGGACUGCGGCAUGUGGGAUGUCACCUCGGGCGCAUACAAGGCGCUCGACGUCAAAGCCGGGAACCAAGACAUCGAUUAUGUUGGAUGGGCAGCUUCAUUCGAUUCUACGGGCGUCCGAGUCGCCAUCGGAUAUUACUCGGGGGCCUUCCGUAUCUUCGACGUAGCAACCGCAAAGGAGCUCUUGUUCUGGAGGGCGUACGCAGACGGUAUCGGGAUCACAUCGGGCGUCUCGUUCUCGCCGGACAACCGGCUGGUGCUCUCCUGUUCGGUGGACAAGACGGUGAAGAUAUGGGAUGCACAGACGGGGGCUAUGCUCCAGUCGCUCCAGGGACAUGAGGGUACGGGCUUCCAGACGUGCUUCUCUCCGUGCGGGAGGUACGUGGCGUCGGGAUCUUGGGACGGGACUGUGCGAUUGUGGAGGACGAGCGAUGGAUCGUGCUUAGCCACGCUGAACCCGGACCACGGCUCUGUGAGUCAAGUCGCAUUCUCUCGGAUCCCCGGUGGCGUAAGACUAUGGUUUGCAACGGAGAAGGGCAUUGUUUUGAGUCAUCACCUACGUGAUAUCAUUCCAGAGGAGUACACCUCGUAGGCCGUAUCUCUCGUUCUCGCAAUGAUACGUUGGAAUUCAAUUCCUCGUCUCAGACACGCUUAGGACAGCCGUCUUUCCCAGAUUCCUCAUCAAUAGCUGUCCCCAUGCGAAGCACAUGUCAUUGACACUGCCAGGGUUACGUACGCUAGUCCGGUACAUCCUACUGAUCUAUAUGCCCACAACUCUCUGUUACCUUGCUGGUACCUACUGACCAUUGCGUUGUGUCAACUGGGGAACCGCGUGCUGUCUCCAGACGGCCGAGGACCACGGGUUGAGGAAUGCUAGGAAUCCCUGGCGGACAUUCGGAUUCCCGCAAGUGCACACCAUCGACAGCCUGGCGUUCAUGAAGCGCUUCUCGCGUCUGUCUCG